AAGCCCACUGUUUUAGAGAGAGAGAGAGAAAAGAAAGAGAGAGAAUGCAUACAUAUAAUCAUCCCGUAUGAACAAACAACGCCAAACUCCAAAAGAUAUUUUCUUGCCUCCUCCCCACCCUCCUCCUCCUCCUCCUCCUCCUCCAAAGAUCGCACCUUUAGCCUUUAGGGUUUCUUCGCACGCAAUCUUUUCACCAUCUCUCUCCCUGCAUCCACCUCGCAUACCCAUGUGUAUGCACUUAUCUGCGGGCUUUUUUCUUCUCGUGUGAAGCCUUUUGGUUUGGAAUUUCCCUCGAUGCUGACGAUAAUUCUGGAAUGAGGACCCGUGUUUGAAUUCAAGAAUUGGAACGAGAGAAGCCCGUAGUUUGUUUUCAAUUUGAGGAAUUUGCAGGGGAGAAAGAACGCAAAUCUUUUAUUUGUCUGUUUUUUUUAAAUUUUUUUUUUGAUUUGUUUGGGUUUUGAAUAUGCCUACAUCCUGGGCUGAUUCUGUUUCUGGGGCAGAGAACUCUGCUCCGGCUCCGUCCGUUCAAUCUAAGGGAACCUAUGUUCCACCACACCUGAGAAAUAGACCGCCGGCCUCAUCAGAACCCCCUAAACCUGCAACAGCUUCGUAUGGAGGUCCGUCUGGAGGUGGCGGUGGAAGCAGGUGGGGUGGUCCUAGAAAUGAUUUCCGUUCUGGCUAUGGAGGAGGUGGUGGUGGUUGGAAUGCCAGAACUGGGAGUCAGCCACGCGAGUUUAACCCCUUUGGGGAUGAUGCGAAUCAGCCCUUUGAGGAGCAUGAGAAUUCGGGGAUUAAUUUUGAUGCCUACGAGGAUAUUCCCGUGGAGACGAGUGGGGACAAUGUGCCUCCUCCCGUGAACACGUUUGCCGAGAUUGAUUUAGGGGAAGCGGUGAACAGUAACAUCCGGAGGUGCAAGUAUGUGAAGCCCACCCCGGUCCAGCGCAACGCUAUCCCAAUUGUACUGUCCGGAAGGGAUUUGAUGGCUUGUGCUCAGACCGGUUCUGGAAAGACGGCGGCUUUUUGCUUCCCAAUCAUUAGUGGAAUCAUGAGGGGUCAGUUUAUAAGACCCCCAAGGCCACGCACGGCUUUGCCUCUGGCUCUCAUUCUUUCCCCAACCAGGGAGCUCUCGUGCCAAAUUCAUGAAGAGGCCAGGAAGUUUGCAUACCAAACAGGAGUCAGGGUGGUUGUUGCCUACGGUGGAGCACCCAUAAAUCAACAGCUUCGCGAACUAGAUAGAGGCGUGGAUAUACUUGUAGCAACCCCCGGGAGACUAGUGGACUUGCUAGAGAGGGCAAGAGUGUCUUUAGAGAUGAUAAGGUACUUGGCUUUAGAUGAAGCAGACCGAAUGUUGGACAUGGGGUUUGAACCACAAAUAAGGAAAAUCGUUCAACAGACAGAUAUGCCCCCACCUGGUGUACGACAGACGAUGCUCUUUAGUGCUACCUUCCCAAAAGAGAUUCAGAGAUUGGCUGUCGAUUUUCUAGCGAAUUACAUAUUUCUGGCUGUCGGAAGGGUUGGAUCAAGCACUGAUCUGAUUGUCCAGAGGGUGGAAUAUGUUCAAGAGACUGACAAAAGAAGCCAUUUAAUGGAUCUCCUCCUUGCACAAAUGGCAAAUGGCAAGCAAUGCCUUACCCUUGUUUUUGUGGAGACAAAGAAAGGCGCCGAUUCUCUAGAACAUUGGCUAUCUAUCAACGGUUUUCCCGCCACAGCCAUACAUGGCGAUAGGACCCAGCAGGAAAGAGAACAGGCUCUCAGAGCUUUCAAAACCGGCAGGACGCCGAUUCUGGUUGCCACCGACGUGGCGGCGCGCGGUCUCGACAUUCCUCAUGUCGCGCACGUGGUCAACUUUGACCUCCCAAACGACAUCGACGACUACGUCCACCGCAUCGGGCGAACCGGCCGCGCCGGAAAGACCGGGCUCGCCACCGCCUUCUUCAACGAGGGGAACUCGUCCAUUGCGCGGGCGCUCUCCGACCUGAUGCAGGAGGCGAACCAGGAAGUCCCCGCUUGGCUUUCCCGGUUCGCCGCGAGGUCGUCCUCCCACGGCGGCAGGAACCGCCGAGGCGGGGCCCGCUUCGGCGGCCGCGAUUUCCGUAGGGACGGGCCUUUCGGCAGGGGCGGCGGUUCGGACUACUAUCCCGGUGGUAAUAACGGUUACGGCGGCGGGUAUGGUAACGGCGCCGGCGUGGCCAGUGCGUGGGACUGAGAACCCCAACCAACAUUGGUCGGAUUCAGCAAAAGCCGAGGUUUUAGGUACUAGGAGAGAGAGAUAAUAUAAUACACUUCCUCAAUGGGG